CUAACAUAACCAGACGUAGGUAUACAUGUGAUGUCAUAGAACGUAUAGAAGGCUACAGUGAAUACUUUUACAUUCUUUAUGCAGUCCUUUACUGAGUGUCCGUAGUCCGUGUAUGUAAGCAAUGAAAAAAAUAUUAAAUCUGUGCUGUUUAUUGUUUUAUACUUAGUUAAAAGUUUUGUUUAAUUUGACGAUUGCAAUUUAAAACUGAAGAAACAUGGAUCUAUCUACAUGUCAACUUCUUUUCUUAUUCUCAAUACUGAAUGUAGUAUUAGCUGGUGAUAUGAUGAGGAAAUCGAUUGUGUACGACAAAAAAACACCGAAUGUAUUUUAUUGUCCGUUAAAUAAGCCUACCGGUUUUGAUAAACUGUUUGUACAUUCAAGACCUUUGAAAAAAUUAUGUGAAUUUGAUGGAAAACCUUUACCCGAAGACUACAAAUCCGAUUGCUUUCAAGAUGUCGAUGAAACUGAAUAUGCUUGCAAGGAAAAAUAUAGAAUCAUGAAGAGAUUGUCGAAGAAACAACUGGAUAGUUUAUUCGGAAAUAACGACUAGAAUAACUCUAACAAAAUAACGCUCUGUAAUAUGCGUCUUCACCCACCUGGUACUGAUGACGACAAAGAGAGUACAAAAUGGGAAAAAGCUUAUAAAAAAGUUGUUAGAAAACGUAAGAGACAACAAUCACAAUAAAUAUUAAAUAAUGAACAAAAUACAUAGAUACCUAGUUUAUAGUAAUAUUUAAUAACUACCUAAUAUCUACCACAGAUUACAAAUUGUCCUAUGUAUAAAAAAUUGGUGCUGUUAAUAAUUAAUGUUUAUCUAAACUAAUUUUAUAUUGUAGUAAGUAGGUACCUGGUACCUACCAAAUAAUGUUAUUCACACCUAUUAUGUAAUCAGUUAACAGUUUUAAGUUGUAACUUAUAAUGUUUUUUUAUUUUUUAUACAUUUCAAAUAUAACAUAUUUUGGGGCUUAGCCCAACCAAC